AGUGAGGGCCCCUGGAGCUCGACGAUGGGCCAAGAGGUUCGGACCCCUUUCCCUGGGACGGGCUUUCCUUCCUGAGCUUCUUCUCUGGGCAGUCCUGGGGCCCAGUGAGGGCCCCUGGAGCCCGACCUCCCGCCGUGAUUCUUCUUCCGCUCCUCGCUCAGGGCCGCCUCCGGCGGCCAGUCUGGCGUCCUGGACUGGGCGCAGUGCGCCCUGGAGGAUGACGGAGGCCCCGCCGCGUCAGACGCGCUGCCGCCGUGCGAGCUCGCUGGCAGCGCGCCGCUGUCGCCCGCGUGCGGGGCCGCUGGCGGCCUCGCGGACGGCAGCGCUGCGGGCCGGGGCUUCCUCACGCUCUUCAUGCCGGGGGGGCUGCCGCCGGUGGUGCUGCGCGCGCGGGGGCCUCGGGAGGCCCACGACUGGCUGGCGGCGCUGGCCGCGGCCGGCGUGGCCGAGGCCGUGCCGCCUGGGCCCGCCGAUGGGCCAGCGGGAAAUCUGGGCAUCGAUUUCCAGGCCGGCAAGCAUUCCAGUCAAGGCAAAGCUGGAGCAGUGCGCGAGCGACGACUUCUCGCGCUCGCGGCCAAGGCGAAGAAGCUUCACCGCAUGAAGGGCAGCAAGAUAAAGCAAACUCAAGCAAAUGAGAGGAAUCUUCUUCUUAACUGGAAUGCGGUCCACAAUGCACUGCGGCGCGGCCGCGACAGGAAGGUCAAGGCGCGUGGGAAGUUGGAGCAGGCAGUCGACGAGGAGGACGCCUACCUCAUCCCAGCUAGUGUGCGGAUGUAUGAGGACCUCUCGGUUGGAAUAGGUCUUUUAGUAGACGCCUGGCUUGACAUCGAGGCCCUCUACGACAACCUCGAGAAACCGCUAUGCGAGUGCGGGGGCAACUGGAACUGGGGCCCCGACUUUGAGUGGACGUUCAACGGCUACGACUACUCAGGGUUAAGGCGAAUCGUGGGCGCGCAGCGUGGCCUGCGCAAGACAGCUUCGCGCGAGUCAUGCGCCCUGUGGGGCCGCAUCUCCAAGUAUAAGUCGGAGUUGCGCUCCUUUGGCCAGGGCGUGACUGAUGACGCCGACGCCGACCGUGACUGA